AUGUCUGAUGAACCAAUGGAAACAGGUGCAUCAUCAAAGGAUGGAGAUCAGAAGGAGAAGAUAUAUACAUCAGAUUUGAGAAAGGGUAUAUUGCCAUCAAAGUUUAAAGGCAGAGGUACAACAGACUCUAUCGAUUCGGAACGUUAUGCUGGUCAAGACGGUGUGUUUGAACCACUGAGUGCGACAGAGAGCGAGAUCAAGCCUGGUACACCAAUACGCUCGAUCGAAGGCUGGAUCAUCAUCGUGACCAACAUACACGACGAGGUGCAAGAGAGCGACCUGCGCGAUGUCUUUUGCGAGUAUGGCGCCAUCAGGAACCUGCAUCUCAACUACGAUCGUCGCACUGGCUUUGUCAAGGGCUACGCCAUGAUCGAGUAUGAGAACCAGAGCGAGGCGGACGCUGCCAUCAAGGAGAGCGGCAAACUGGAGAUCGCUGGUCAGAAACUAUCGGUCGACUAUGCAUUCGUGUCGACCAAUGACACAUCAGGACCAGUGCUGCAACUGCGCAGUCAACGACGUGGUGGUUCAGACAGACCUCGUCAACAACAUCGUACACUCGAGAGUUACAAUCGUGGUGGAGGUGGCGGUCGUGGUCGUGGUGGCUAUGACAGAGAUGAUCGUGACAACAGGAGAAGAUACUAA